UAUUAUUAUUGUUUGCAAAUAUUGCUGUUUUGGUGUUGGUAUUGGUUUUUCUGAGAGAAUAAGGUAUUAUUAAUGGCUUCUUCUGCAGUGUCUGUGGGUGGUGGCAGUGCCAUUAAUGGGAUGCCUGAGGCGCUGAGGCAGAGCCAUGGCUACAUGAAGAGAUGCUUUGGGAAGUUGGUUGAGAAGGGGAGUAGGAGUAGGAGUAUGAAGCUCAAGGAGUUGAUGGAGGCUAUGGAGAUGGCUUUUGAUGAUAAGAUGGAAAGGAUUAGGGUCAUGGAUGGACUUCUUGGCCAUAUCUUGUCCUCCACUCAGGUGGCAAUUGUGUCUCCUCCAUAUGUUGCCUUUGCCCUAAGACCUCAACCAGGAUGCUGGGAAUUUGUCAAAGUCAACUCCAUAGAUCUCUCGGUUGAACCUCUCACCUCUACCCAAUUUCUCAAGUUGAAGGAAACCAUUUACGACAGUGAAUGGGAAAAUGAUGAAAAUGCAUUGGAAGUGGAUUUUGGAGCAAUUGAGUUCACAACUCCCCACUUAACCAUUCCCUCUUCAAUUGGAGAAGGUCUUAGUUACACUACAAAGUUCCUCACCUCAAAACUAAGUGGCAAGUUGGAGAAUUCACAACCCCUUGUGGAUUACUUGUUGUCCCUUGAUUAUCAAGGAGAGAAACUUAUGAUAAAUGAGACCCUGAACACAGCUUCCAAGCUUCAAAUGGCACUGAUCCUUGCUGAUAUUUUCCUCUCUGCACUUCCUCCAGACACACCUUAUGAAAAUUUCCAUCUCAAAUUCAAGCAGUGGGGUUUCGAGAGAGGGUGGGGAGACUGUGCAGGAAGAGUAAAGGAAACCAUGAGAUGUCUCUCUGAAAUAUUCCAAGCCUAUGAUCCAACCCAAAUGGAGAAGUUCUUCAGCAGGCUUCCCACCAUUUUCAAUGUUGUCAUUUUGUCUCCCCAUGGCUACUUUGGCCAAUCUGAUGUUCUUGGUUUGCCCGAUACCGGAGGCCAGGUUGUGUACAUUCUAGAUCAAGUUAAAGCUAUGGAAGAAGAAUUGCUUCUCAGAAUUAAGAAACAAGGACUCAACUUCAAACCUCAAAUUAUUAUUAUUACAAGGCUUAUUCCGGAUGCCAAGGGGACCAAGUGCAACCAAUCGUCAGAACCUGUCUUUGGGACUAACUACUCUAAUAUUGUUAGGGUUCCGUUUAGGACCGAAAAAGGCAUCCUUCGUCGUUGGGUUUCUCGUUUCGACAUUUAUCCUUUUCUCGAGAGGUUUGCACAAGAUGCCACUGCCACAAUAUUAGAUCUCAUGGAAGCAAAGCCAGAUUUAAUCAUUGGAAACUACACAGAUGGGAAUUUGGUGGCAUCCCUCAUGGCCAGCAAACUAGGGAUAACCCAAGGUACUAUUGCACAUGCCUUGGAGAAGACAAAGUAUGAAGAUUCAGACCUUAAAUGGAAGGAAUUGGACUCUAAAUAUCACUUUUCUUGUCAAUUCACUGCUGAUAUUCUUGCCAUGAAUGCCACUGAUUUUGUCAUUGCAAGCACAUACCAGGAGAUUGCUGGAAGCAAGGAGAAGCCAGGCCAGUAUGAAAGCCACGAGGCGUUUACGCUUCCGGGGCUCUGCCGAGUCGUCUCGGGCAUCAAUGUGUUUGAUCCUAAGUUCAACAUUGCAGCACCAGGGGCUGAUCAGGAUGUCUAUUUCCCUUACACAGCGAAAGAACUGCGAUUCACGUCGUUUCAACCCGCCAUUGAGGAACUUUUGUUCAGUAAAGUUGAGAACAAUGAGCAUAUAGGAUAUCUAGCAGAUAGGAAAAAGCCUAUCAUCUUCUCGAUGGCGCGGCUCGAUGUCGUCAAGAACAUCACCGGGUUGGUCGAGUGGUUCGGGAAGAAUGAGAAGCUGAGAAACUUGGUGAAUCUUGUUGUGGUUGGGGGAUUCUUUGAUCCUUCCAAAUCAAAGGACAGAGAAGAAAUGGCAGAGAUAAGAAAGAUGCAUGAAUUGAUUGACAAACACCAACUCAAAGGCCAGAUCAGGUGGAUAGCAGCACAGACUGAUCGGCGCCGUAACGGAGAACUCUACCGCUGCAUCGCGGACACGAAAGGAGCCUUUGUGCAGCCUGCUCUCUAUGAAGCUUUUGGUCUCACAGUCAUUGAGGCAAUGAAUUGUGGUCUACCAACCUUUGCUACUAACCAAGGGGGUCCAGCUGAGAUCAUAGUUGAUGGGAUCUCUGGCUUCCAUAUCGAUCCCAACAACGGCGACGAAUCGAGCAAAAAGAUCGCCGACUUCUUCGAGAAGUGCAAGAGCGAUCGCGCCUAUUGGAACAACAUUUCGAACGGUGGUCUGCAACGAAUCAACGAAUGCUACACUUGGAAAAUCUAUGCAAAUAAAGUGCUGAACAUGGGAAGCACUUACACUUUUUGGAGGCAAUUGAACAAGGACCAAAAGCAGGCAAAACAGAGAUACAACCAAAUGUUCUACAAUCUGCUUUUCAAGAACUUGGUGAAGACCGUGCCGAUUGCAGUCGACGAAAAUCCGCAACCGGUACCCAACACCAAGCGCACGCAAUCUCGGGUUCAAAAGUAAGAAAUCGGUUUCGAAUUCAGGUUUUUGGAGCAUAAAAAGGUCUAAGCCAAGAAACUCUUUACAAGAGAGUGUUGCCUUUCUACAUAAUAUAUAUUCUCAAGAAGUCAUAGAUAUAUUGUAAUUGGAAUAUGUAUCCCUUUUACCUUAUUGAUGAAGAAGAGAAUAAUUUCAAUGGUAUUGAUGCUGAAUAAAGCUUUAUAAGUUUUCUA